UAUGAGGGGUUGGACUCAGGAUCCCUGAUGCAGUCAGUCAGCCCAGUGGGAAAAGCUGCCCCCAGAGCAACCUCUCAAUCCACAGCUGGGAGUGUGGGAGACACAGGUGGGAGAGCAACCCCAGCAGAGACCCCCGACCAUGCUGUGCCCCACCUCACCUCACCUAGCCCUCCUGGCCCUGCUCUCUGUGGCUGGCGCUGUGGGUCCGGGGGAGCCAUGCCAGUCCGAGAUGAACCUGAUCAAGGACCAACUGCAGGUCAACUGCUCCGGGCAGGGGCUCAGCGUGGUGCCACCUGCCCUGCCUAAGAACACUGGCAUCCUGCUGCUCAGCACCAACCGCCUGGCGUCCGUCUCCACUGCCUCCUUCCAGCACCUCCCUGAGCUGGCUGAGCUGGACCUGUCAGGCAACGGACUGGGUGCGCUGCACACUGGGCCCCCCCUGCCCUUGCUGCAGGAGCUAGUCCUGUCCCACAAUGCCCUGGGGGUCCUGCCCACCCUGCAGGGCCUGCCUGUCCUCACCCGCCUGGCCCUGGCUCACAACAACAUUUCAGAGCUGCUGCCAGGGGCCUUCCGGGCUGUGGGGCAGCUGAAGGAUCUGAAUCUACGGGGGAACCAGCUGCGGACGCUGCCAGAAGAGGUCUUUGAGGGCCUGGCCGGGUUGAAGGACCUGGAUCUGUCUGAUAACGCCCUGGACGAGCUGCCGCGGGGGCUGUUGACUGGGCUGGAGCUGGAGACACUGAGGCUGUCAGGGAACCAGCUCCGCACUCUGCCCAGCGGCUUCUUUCCCGAGGAGCACAUGUUCGCCUUCGUCUUCCUGGCAGGGAACCCCUGGCGCUGUGACUGUGGCCUGGCCUAUCUGCGGGGCUGGAUUGCGGACAAUGACUUCAGCGUCUACACCCAGGAGCAGAGGUCAGAAGGGCUGCAGAUCGAGAAUGAUCCCCGCAGCCCUGUGUGCGAUGCGCCCCUCAGACACCGAGGGAGCCCCGUCCUCGAGUUCAAGCAGGCCUGCGGCAAAGCAGGGGACGCGGACUUGGAUAUUGAUGGGACAAUGACAGAGGAGGGAACCCCUGUGCCCUCCGCUACUGUCCCCUCCACCACCCUGCCCCCAACCACUCCCGUGCCCCCCACUACUGCCCCCUCCACCACCCUGUCCCCAACCAGCCCUGUGCCCCCCACUACUGCCCCCUCCACCACCCUUCCCCCAACCACUCCUUUGCCCCCCACUACUGCCCCCUCCACCAUCCUGCCCCCAACCACUCCCGUGCCCCCCACUACUGCCCCCUCCACCACCCUGCCCCCAACCACUCCCGUGCCCCCCACUACUGCCCCCUCCACCACCCUGCCCCCAACCACUCCCGUGCCCCCCACUACUGCCCCCUCCACCACCCUGCCCCCAACCACUCCCGUGCCCAUCACUACUGCCCCCUCCACCACCCUGCCCCCAACCACACCUGUGCCCCCCACUACUGCCCCAGAACCUGCAUCCCCAGCACCCCCACGGCUCCCCAGCACCCCCAUGACUCCCACCACCAUCACCCUUAUCCCCUCGCCUCCCUACCAUACCAGCCCUCUCCACAUCACCCCCUGCCACCAGCCACCCCCUCCAACGGGGGCUCCCCGCCCCUGCGUGUGCCCCACCCCACCCCCAGCGAUGCCCGUGGCUGGGCGUCAGCAGGGCAGGGAGGGCCCACCGUGGAGCCACUGGGUGCUCGCCCACUGCUGCCUGCUGCACCUGAUGCUCUACCUGGCCUCCUUGCUGCUGCUGCUACUGCCCAUGGUGGCUCUCAUGGGCUGGAUGGGCUGGGUAUAUCUGAGCUGGUAUCGCCCAGCUCUGAGGGGUCCCCCGGGGGCACGGCUGGUGCGGUACCAGCUGCUGAGAAAGGGGGAGCUGGCAGCGCCCACCAUGAUGCACUUCAGCAGCUUCAAGAGCCCCACCGAGCCCCCGACCUUCCGCACCACCAGAGAGCUGCAGAUCCACCGUGACCCCCCUGUGCCCUCCUUCCGACGUGUUACCAGGAGGCUGCUGAGUGUGGGGGGGCUGGGCCCCUGGCGGGCUCCCUCCGCCUACAGCCUAGACAGGGGGGAAGCAGCUAUUGGGGCUGUCAGGGUGAAAUAUGCAACCACCACCCUCUAAGGGGGGCAGGAAACCUGGGUUCUAUUGCUGGGGCUGGGGAGGAAGGUCCUGUGAGCUAGGGCAGGGGGUGCUGCUCGCCAGGACGCCUGGGUUCUAGUUCUGGUUCUGUUGCUGUGACCAUACCCACUGUGCACCGGGGACAAGAUUCCUCCCACUGCUGCAGUACCUGGGAGGCUCCCUUAAUAUAUGUAGAACCCAGGAGUCCUGACUCCCAGAUGCCCCUCCUGUCUCAGACCAAUGGGACCUUCUAACCCUGUAUCUCCCGCACGCACACACCUGUUGCAGAGGCCAGAUCUGGAAUAACUGUCCAGAAGGACAGUUUCCCCCUAAGACCAGGCACUUCAGGGCUGGCUUGUGCCCUGGCAGAGCCCUGUAGAUAUUUCCUCCACUCUGUAUCAAGUCUCUGGUUGUUCUUAUAAUACACAUAAAUGUUGAUCCUACUCUGAAUCCUGUGGCAGACAGUUCCAUUGGCUAAUCACAGAAUAAAGACCUUCCCUGGAUGCAUUUCAACUAGGUCACAGUUCAAAAACACUGGGCCUCUAGUUGUCUUUGCCGGAAGUGAAUAAUGAUGCUCAGUUGAUGCUAGCUGACAACCCCUAGAUGGGAAAGGCCCCAUAUCGUAUUCUCUGACCUGUCUGGGCCAGCCAAUUCCCUUGCCUUGUGUGUGGUUCAGAGAUAGCACCCUCUAGAGCGAAAAAACCCCAUAUCCCAAUCCCCACCACUCUAAGCUAGCUAGAUCCCCUACCCUGGGGUCACAUCAGCCGGUGCCCCCUAGAGCAGAAAUAGCCCAUCUGCCACCGCCCUAAGCCAGCCAAUCUCCCACCCUGGGGCUGGAUUGGAGCUGGCACCCCCUACAAGGGAAAGGCCCCAUGUCCUACUCCCCACCCCCAUCAGAGGGCCAAUCCCCUGCCCUGAGGCUAGAUUGAAGGUGGCCCCCACUAGAAAAGACAGGCUGCAUGUCCCACUCCCCGCUGCCCUGAGCCAGCCAGUCUCCUGCCCUGGGGACUGAUGGGAAGCGAGGACAGUGCCCCCUAGAGGGGAAAUGCCCCAUCUCCAAGUCCCCAGCACUCUGAGCUGGCCAGGUCCCCCACCUUGCAGCUGAUUUGCAGCAGCAUCUUAUAGGAAGGAGAAGAGUGGGUAGUUGUAUGAUUGUUUGAUGGCUUUAAGUUCUGGCUUUAUUUCCCAUAUAAGUGUCUGACUUCCCAUAUCAUUCCAAUGCACUAAGCUGCGGCUGGAACACUUUCUAAUUUCUAUUUCCUCUGUAACUAACACACAAUAUAUAUAUAAUCCAAACCCCAUUUCAUAUGGCAAUGCUCCUUGAGAGUCUUAAAGAGAAAUCACAGAUGGUUUUGUGGAGAUGUGAGGAGUCUAAAAUUUUCCUGUCUUUCAGUUUCAGAGCUUGUCAUAAAAAUAAAGGGAAGGGUAAACACCUUUAAAUCCCUCCUAGCCAGAGGAAAAACCCUUUCACCUGUAAAGGGUUAAGAAGCUAAGACAACCUCACUGGCACCUGACCAAAAUGACCAAUGAGGAGACAAGAUACUUUCAAAGCUGGAGGGGGGGGGCGGGAAACAAAGGGUUCUCUCUGUCUGUGUUGUCUUUUGCCAGGACCAGAGCAGGAAUGCAAGUCAGAACUCCUGUAAAGGGUUAAUAAGCAAUCUAGUUAGAGAUGCAUUAGAUUCUGUUUUGUUUAAAUGGCUGAUAAAAUAAGCUGUGCUGAAUGGAAUGUAGAUUCCUGUUUUUGUGUCUUUUAGUAACUUAAGGUUUUGCCUAGAGGGAUUCUCUAUGUUUUAAAUCUGAUUACCCUCUAAGGUAUUUACCAUCCUGAUUUUACAGAGGUGAUUCUUUUACUUUUUCUUUCAUUAAAAUUCUUCUUUU